AUGCAAAAAAGCGAUAGUCCCCCAAGGCAGCGUUCUCCAAGAAUGGCACUGCGUUUCAGAUCAAGUGAGUCAAUUGCCCGAAACACUAAGAUUAUGGGAAAGACAAAAGUCCUUAAUUACAAACGCAGGUCCACAGACCGAGCCGGCUCUCAGCUGGCGACGCAAAAGAACCACCAGGAGCCAGUCACACCGCGUUCUAGACUCGUCUACAACCAAGACAGUGCCCGACCCUCCUCGAUCACGUCCGCUCCACGGGGAGCACAGCACCUCCCAGCCGCCCACUCCAGGCAGGGUCGCCAACGCGAACGCCCAGCGGUCUCCAGGACCCAGCCCUGCAGAAUUCCACUCGGCUCUCCACCGGCCACCGACGCCUCGCCGCAGGUUGCUAGGAGACACUGCCCCCGCCACCUCCUCCAAUCAGCACGCAUUUCUUUUCGUCCAAUCAGAGCAGCCGGGAGGACCGUGGUGAGAGGUGAAAGGUUGCGAUGCUAUUUGGCGGCCAUUUCUCCCGGAGCUCCGUGGUUCGGGCACUCGGUUAGCUGCUCCAGUCACGAGGGACGGGUUACAGCUGGGUCGGCGGCGAGUCGCCAGCAGCAUUCGCCGGUAUUCGCGAUGAGUUUACCCCUCAAUCCCAAACCUUUCCUCAAUGGAUUAACAGGAAAGCCAGUGAUGGUGAAACUCAAGUGGGGAAUGGAAUACAAGGGCUACCUGGUAUCUGUAGAUGGCUAUAUGAACAUGCAGCUUGCAAAUACAGAAGAGUACAUAGAUGGAGCAUUGUCUGGACAUCUUGGUGAAGUUUUAAUAAGGUGUAAUAAUGUCCUUUAUAUCAGAGGUGUUGAAGAAGAGGAAGAAGAUGGGGAGAUGAGAGAAUAGCACCUUUCAUGGGGAUUUCUUUAUAUAUAUUUCUAGACAAUAAAGACUUGUUUUUGUUUUUCA